AUGAUCCGACAAAACAGUAUUGUACUGAAUCCGGCGCAGUUGUCCAAUGGUAUUGCUACGUGUGAUAAUCGAUGUUACAACUCAUCAGCGAGUCAAUGCUUCAAUGGAACUGUCUGUCCACUUGGCAAUCAGCUAUGUAUUGUGAAAUAUGAUCCAUGGUCGGGAUACCAAUAUGGUUCACCAUCUGCGACUUGUUACGAUCCAUUGUACCAAGUUUGUUCGAAUAAUUCACUUUGCAACUAUCCAUCACGAGUGUGCAAUGGACAAUGCAUGAAAUACGGUGAAGUUUGUGUUAACAAUGUAACUGUGUGCAACGUCUCCUCGUAUUAUUUCUACUAUCAACCGGGCCAAAUCAAACUCUGUAAUGGUACAUGUUAUGAUUCUGCAAUUCAAAAGUGUGUCAGUGAGUACACUAUAAAUUGUACUCGGGAUCCAUUUACUCAAGAAUGUAUUGGUAAUCACACGGACUAUACACAAAAUUCAACAACAUCUACCUCAUCUAACUGCUGUGAAAAAACAGAUUGUAUAACUGAUAGUGAUUGUUGCGUUCAAGGUAAAGAAUGCCAGUGUUAUAAACAUAAUAAUCAAGAUUAUGGCUCAUGUUUAAAUCCCAAUGAACAGCCAAUUUGCUCUAAGGGAUGUACCAUACGUGGACAAUGUCGAAACGAUACCGAUUGCUGCAAGUGUCAAUGUGGUCAAAUCACAGUUACCAAUGUCGAUGGCACGGUUGCUACUAAAAAACAGUGUGUUCAACGUUAA